AUGUUUAGAUCAAUGGAGCCUGCAACCUCAAAGCGACCUCGUCUCAUGGACGAAGAUGAACCGAAUCUUGAAGAGGAACCUCGAUGGGACGAUGCCCGAUUUCAGGAUGACGUUUUCUCCCGCUUAAGUACCUUUAUUCCCCUGGAGCCGCAGCUGUCAACAUCAAGGGCGUGGGCGAACGUCGGAGCCGCAAAGUAUUGGCCACGACCUGGAAUAAACGGUACCAAAAGCCGCAAGCGAGCUCGAGACCCAGUUGAUGACCCUGACCGCUCAGGGGUCCAGUUCCCCCCAGAGAUGUUACUGAGGGUCCCGAUAUUGGAAGAACGACGUGUCGAGGAAAUUGACGAGAAAUCAAAUCCCUUCUGUGAUGCCAACGGGAGCCCAUCGGCACACCCCAGAAAUGUUGCCCGGUCCUCCACAAAAUAUAGCAGCAACAAGCUUCCCUCGGAGGCAGCUGUGAAUGGACUUGUAAAAUUUAGACUCUGGAAUACUGACGGCAUUGGCGAGAAUGUACCCGCCGCGAAAGUUCCGAAAAAACUAUACAUUCCAGGAAACAAUUCAAAUAAGAACCCGGAUACCCUUGUAUCUACCAUCCUUGAUCCAAAUAACCAAGGAGUCAACCACCUUCCACCAGGCUUCGGAAAGGGUCUCAUGCUCAAGCCGGAAGACCAGAAACUAUUUGACUUUUAUCGUUGCGCUAUUUGCUCCGGGCGUACUCUCUUGGACAAAGAAAAUAUCCAUCUGCUCGAGAUCGCUCCUAUGGCCGAUAAAAGCAAAGGGGUCUGCCAUGCCGUUCUAUCAUUGGCUUCAGCCUACCUUUUGGACUACUGGCCAAGCCCAUCCUUUGCAGCAAGAGCCAACUACCACUAUCGAGAAAGCAUAAAGUGGCUCACAGAAGAAUUGAAAAACACCCAAAAUUACGAACCAGGAAAGGAAGAGGCUUUGGUCACAACUUUGUCAUUGUUGAUCCACAAUGAGAUUGUUUGCUGGGAGCCGACAGAGGAAAGCUUAGUCCCAGCCUGGUAUCGAGCCGCCCGCCUCGCACGACGAGUGUUAGAUACCUCAGAUCCAGGCUACUACUACAAACUCCGACGAAACGUCCAAGAAAGCAAAGCAAGACAUAGAAUCGGGAAUGAAAUCGCAUUUUGUGAGAUUCUAUCAUCAGCAUUCGCACCAGUCGAGGAAGAAGAUCUCGGGGGACGAUGUCCAUACAGUUGGUUAAUGAGCGGAACCGAGACAGAAUUCACCAAAAUUGAAGGAAAUACGGGGAUGUGCGCCAAAGUCCUUUACACUCUCGCGCAAAUUACCUAUAUGACAGGAAAGUUCGCAAAGAACCCCUGCAAAACAGAAGUAUGGCCUAUCUUCGCAGGAAGAAUUCGAAACGAACUGGAACGAGUGCGGCAGUGGUCAGAAUUGUCGGGGGGGUAUUCACACGCACAGGAUUUGCUAGAUGCAUGCAUUCUAGACGAAAAUGGCCUUGUCAAGACCAAAGAAGAAGCAACCGACUUGACAGCACAGACUUAUAUCCAAGCAGCACUUAUAUACCUCGAGUGCCGGUUCUUCAGACGAACUCCUUACCAUCCGUCCGUCCGGCGAAAUUUAGACUUUUUAAUUAAAUGCUUCGAUAGAUGCCCAACAAGUGGUGAUCUCUAUACCGCCCAAACCCCGGUCUUUGGGGUGGCGAUUGCAGGAGUAGUAGCUACAACCGAAAAGGAAAGAGAUUUUUGUAGAAAAUACGUCCGUGGAACUUGCACCGCUGGAGAGAGAGGAAAUCUCGCAACGCUUGAUAAUACAUUAGAAUUCAUCUGGAAAUGGAUGGAUGAGAAUCGUCCCAAGCAAGAAGACGAUGAUGCCGACUUGUUGGACAGGCGCCAAUGGUGGGAGGAACUCGUUACAGCUUUCUACACAGCUAAGAACAGACGAGACUUUGCGUAG